AUGCGUCCUACUCUUGCUAUCUCUGUUGCUAUUGCUACACUUGCUUCUACUGCCCUUGCUGCUGAUUGUAAUCCUUCUUACAAUAUUGCUUCUUCCACUGAAUGCUAUACCAAUUGUAAUGUUAAAGCUGGACAAAAGUAUGUCGAUGGUUGGACCAUGGAUCACACCUCUCCUCUUUUCCUUGACUCUCUUGCUAUCAUGUGUAAUAAGUCUGGACCCAACUAUGGUAGCUUCAUGACUACUGCUGGUAUCUGUAUGACUAGUUGUGCUGGUGACGAUCCUGAAUUGUUCAACAAGGAAUUUGCUAGUGCUUGUGCUUGGUGGAAUGAACACAAGAACGACAAGUGUACUGCGAAAACCACCACCACAACCGUCAAGACGACUACCACUACUGCCAAGACGACUGCCCCUACCACCACCAAGGACACUACC